GUGAAAGAGCAGCGCAGAAGAUGCGCAGCCCCUGAGGAAGGAUUUACUGUACAGCGCACGGCUAAAAUCGUUUCAAUAUAAAGAUCUUUAACGAGACGGUGGGGAAAAAACGGAAUUGAUGACUGCGAUGGACGUUUACGGACCACGCCAGCAGUGCUGGUGUGCCGUGUUGCGGGUGGUGGUGGUGGUGCAGGCGGCGUGGGCGCUGGUCGCUGGUCAGGUGCGGUACUCUGUGCCGGAGGAAGCCAAGGCCGGGACGGUGGUGGGUCGUCUGUCGCAGGACCUGGGCCUGGAGGCGGGCGAUGCGGAGUCGCGGCGCCUGCGUCUGGUGUCGCAGGGCCGUCGUGCGAGCGUGGAGGUGAGCGGGGCGAGCGGGGCGCUGGUGGUGAGCUCGCGUCUGGACCGGGAGGAGCUGUGCGGGAAGAGCGCGCCGUGCGCCCUGCGCCUGGAGGUGCUGGUGGAGCGGCCGCUGCGCGUCUUCCACGUGGAGCUGGAGGUGACCGACAUCAACGACAACGCCCCGCUCUUCCCCGCCGCCCGCAAAAAUCUCAGCAUCGCGGAGCUGUCGCUGCCGGGGUCCCGGUUCCCGCUGGAGGGCGCAUCGGAUGCAGAUAUCGGAGCCAACGCGCAGCUCUCCUAUACACUCAGCCCCAGCGAGUAUUUUGGUUUGGAUUUACAGCGGAGUGAAGAAUACCGUGAAUCUCUGUCUCUCGUACUCACAAAACCGCUGGACCGCGAGACUUUGCCUGUGCACCGUUUGGUGUUGACGGCGAGUGACGGUGGCCGUCCGUCGCUGACGGGCACGAUGGAGCUGUUGAUCUCGGUGCUGGACGCCAACGACAACGCGCCCCAGUUCAACCAGUCGGUGUUUAAAGUGCAGCUGCCGGAGAACGCUGCAGAGGGGACGCUGGUGGUGCGUGUGAACGCCACGGAUACGGACGAGGGAAGUAAUUCCGAAGUGACAUUCACUGCGAUCAAUAUUUUUCCUCCGAAGGGAUUAAAAAGUUUCCUUUUAAAUACGCAGACGGGGGAGAUCCGUCUCACGGGCGCCUUGGACUUUGAGGACGUCCGUUCAUACGAGAUGCAAAUCGAAGCGACAGAUAAGGGGACACCUCCGCUGUCGGGACACUGCAGGGUGGUGCUGGAGGUGUUGGACGUGAACGACAACGCGCCGGAGGUGUGGGUGACGUCGCUGUCGGUGCCGGUGUCGGAGGACGCGGCGGUGGGGACGGUGGUGGCGCUGCUGAGCGUGUCGGACCGGGACUCGGGGUCGAACGGGCGCGUGCGGUGCGCGGUGUGGCCGGCGUCGCCGUUCGGUCUGGUGUCGACGUUCGCGGGGUCGUACUCGCUGGUGCUGCGGGAGGCGCUGGACCGGGAGCGGGUGUCGGAGUACGAGGUGGAGGUGCGUGCGGAGGACGGCGGGUCGCCGCCGCUGCGCGCCAGUCGCGGGGUGCGUGUGCCGGUGUCGGACGUGAACGACAACGCGCCGGCGUUCGCGCAGGCGGUGUACACGGUGCUGGCGCGGGAGAACAACGCGGCGGGCGCGGAGCUGGCGCGUGUGUGGGCGCGGGACCCGGACGAGGCGGGCAACGGGCGCGUGAGCUACUCGGUGUGGGAGGGCGGUGUCGGGGGCGCGUCGUCGGGCGGGGGGUGGCGGUCGGCGUCGAGCUACGUGUCGGUGGACGCGGAGAGCGGGCGGCUGUGGGCGCUGCGGCCGUUGGACUACGAGGAGGUGCAGGUGCUGCAGUUCGAGGUGCGUGCGGUGGACGCGGGGGAGCCGUCGCUGUGCGGCAACGCCACGGUGCAGGUCUUCGUGGUGGACGAGAACGACAACGCGCCGGCGCUGCUGCCGGCGUCGGGCGGCGGCGCGUGGUCCGGGUCGUCGUCGGAGGCGGCGUCGGGGUCGGUGUGGGCGUGGGCGUCGUGGGGGACGCCGGCGGGGCAGGUGGUGGCGAAGAUCCGGGCGGUGGACGCGGACUCGGGCUACAACGCGUGGCUGCGCUACGAGCUGUGGGAGCCGCGGGGGAAGGGCCCGUUCCGCGUGGGGCUGUACAGCGGCGAGGUGAGCACGGCGCGGGCGCUGGAGGAGGCGGACGGCCCGCGGCAGCGGCUGGUGAUCGUGGUGCGUGACCACGGGGAGCCGUCGCUCUCGGCCACGGCCACGCUGAGCGUGUCGCUGGUGGAGGGCGGCGAGGCGGCGCUGGCGGCCGCGGGCUCGUCAUUGUCGGGGGUAGGGCUGCGUCCGGCGGAGGGCGGCGCGUCGGUGUCGUCGUCUGCGGCGACGAACGUGUGGCUGGUGGUGGCGAUCUGCGCGGUGUCGAGCCUGUUCCUGCUGGCGGUGGUGCUGUACGUGGCGUCGCGGUGGGCGCCGCGGGCGGCCGUGCUGUCGGGGCCCGGUGCGGCGACGCUGGUGUGUGCCAGCGAAGUGGGGAGCUGGUCGUACUCGCAGCGGCAGAGCCGGAGCCUGUGCGUGGCGGACGGCGCGGGCAAGAGCGACCUGAUGGUUUUCAGCCCCAACUUCCCGCCGGCGCCGCCGCCGCCCGUCCCCGCGGCGAAGGAGUCGAAUCCGGAGGCGCCCGCUCUCCUGGACACGGUCAGUGGCCCUCCCUUUCUCGCCUCUCGCCCCUUCUAACCCUCCUGUCCCGU